CAUUCUUCUAUCUCUAAUGGCCAAUAAGCUUUUGUAUUUGGUAACUUUGGGCAUAUUUUUGCUGUUUACGGUGUCACGUGUUUGGUGGGAAACCGCGAACGGACUACAAGUUUACAGGAGAAAAGAAUGGUCUGACAAGCUUUUCGAAUCUGGAUUUGCAUAUCUUCGCGUCGGAUUCCAUGAAGAUCAAAAGUAUUUUAGGUCCUGUUUUCUCCAAUAGAUGAUAAUUAGUACACAUACUUCUCAGUGUCGCGUUUGACUACAUUGCCGAACAAAUAUGUUUUUUUUUUUGAGAAAGGGCAUAACAAAUAUGUAUUUUUAAGUAAUGUUCAUAUUUUUUUUUUGGUUGUCUUGGGAUUCUUCCACAUAAAGACGUUCGUGUGUGGUGGAUCCGGGUCGGGCACAAAAGUCCAAUAGCUUGAGUCAAGCAUAUAAUACAAAAGAAGCUUAUACCAGAUAUAUAUAUUUGAUAAAAAAAUAAUAUAUAUAUAUAUAUAUAUUGCAAAUUUAAAAUAAUUAUUUGAUGUGUUUUAUAAUUAAGAAAGCUUAUUGGACCAGAUUCAAAUUAGUAUUUGAAUUAAGAUACUGUAAAUUCUAUUCUCUCUGUCCCAUUUAUAAGAUGCUUGGAAGUUAUUUUUUUUGUUUCAUUUUAUAAUAUGCUUUACAAGUUUCUAUGAAAAAAAUGUAUUUUCAUAAUAAUUUGUAUUCUGUAUUACUUUUUAUUGGUUAUAUUAUUUUACAUUAAAUAUUAACGGAUUUUUUUUCAAUGUACUAAGCAAAAAUAAAUAUUAGUAUAUGCUAAAAAACUAUGCACAUUAGCCAAAAAAUAAUACAAUGGAACAAAUGUUUUUUUUUUGUUUUAAACCUUUCGAAGUUUUUAUAACUUUUAAUAUUGACCGAUAUUUCACUUUAUAUAUAUGUUUUUAGUAAAUCAUCAUUAUGCUUCAAUUCUUCUAACAUAAAUCCAUUUUCACAUCAGAUUUGAUAAAUAUUAGAAAUUAGCUGAUGCAAUGAUAUAUUUAAAUUAUUUUAAGAUAUUGUAAUUAUCUAUAUUAAAUCGUUAAGACUAUUUCUCAAAAAUGAUAUAUGACUUUUGAUCUUAUAAUAAAUAUGCUUCAAAUUUUAUUUUUCAAUUGUUACUGCUUAAGACAAAAAAAGUUUAGAAAAAAAAUUGAUUUCUCAAAAUUUUGUCGUUUUGUUUGAUCUGAUAAACAAAAACUAUAAUUAUAUCCUUAAAAAUUAUACUUAUAAUUGAUCGAUAAACCUAUUGUUUGAUAAUUAUUCAUCUCUAAUAAUAAUAAUAAUAAUAAUAAUAAUAAUACAAGGGACGAACAGCCUUAGUCUGAACCUGGCUGCAGUGGAGCGUGGCUUGAGCGUAGACACAUAGCCUAUCAGAUAUUUAGGCAUGCCAUUAACAUCAACCAAAUCCACAACAAAUUUCUGUCAUGGAUGCACCGUGCACUGUCUUUUGCAGGUCGCUUACAGCUUGUUGAAUCAGUCAUAACGAGUACUAUAAAUUUUUGGAGCUCGCCUUUAAUUUAUCUUGCUUAAGGGAUGUAUUGAUAAAAUAGAGAGCAUGGGUAGUGCCUUUUUAUGGUCUGGAUCUCCAACUAUUACUCAUAAGGCUAAAGUUUAUUGGAAAAAUGUUUGUUAUCCUAAAGAAAAGUGUGGUUUGGGGCUUCGUCGACUCAGAGAUACCUCACGUGUAUUUUCCUUGAAACUCAUAUGGCGUUUAUUUUCUCAGUCAGGCUCGUUCUGGAUGGCAUGGACAAGAAAGUAUCUACUCAAGAACGGCACAUAUUGGGAUGCAAAGGACAGUGGUUUUGGUUCAUGGACUUGGCACAAGUUGUCGAAGCUGCGAACUUUUUGGCCUAUGAAUUUCUACGGUUUGAAAUUCAAAAUGGAAAAUCAGCAUCCUUUUGGUUUGAUGACUGGCUUGGCAUGGGGAAGCUAUUGGACAUUAUAGCUGAUCUGGGAACUCGUUAUCUUGGUGUUUUGUGUUCAGCUACUUUUGCAGAUCAUGCUGGUGAUGAGUCCUCUUGGAAGAUUCGAGCUAGAGUACAGCGUUGAUAUCCUGGAUUAUAUGCCAAGAUUACUACCGUAACCCUUCCUGACAUGCAUGCUGGUGCAGACAGGGUACUGUGGAAGAAUGAUAAGGAAGUCUACACAUAUAGUUUCUCCACAA